UCAUGACUUUGACAAUGUCGGUGGAGAGUCCAGAUUCUGGGAAAUAUGUUGUAUAUACCGUUACAUCAGACGAAAGCAGCACGGAUUUAGAAGAUGGACACGUCAAUUUCAAAGAUACCGAAACUGACUCACUUAACGGGAAACAAUCGCCAUCACAUCGACCUCUGAGGUCACUCUCAUCAGAUUCUUCUAAGUGGAGUUCAUUUUGGUCAACAAGAGAAAAAUGUUGUUGUCUCUGGAAUAUUGCAUUUAUUAUGGCGAUUGGUGCUCUCGUUUUUGUUGUUGUAUACCUAACGAAGAGAGGUGCUAACAAGCCUUCAUUUGAAACAAAUUACACCCGGAACCCUAUGGGAACAUACUACGUGAGUACGAUGUCUCCAAAGGACUUCGAAUCAGAAUCAAACCAGAUCUGCUACACAUCAGAAUGUGUUCGUUUGUCCGCGGAACUUCGCUCGCGGAUGAAUACAAGUGCUGAUCCGUGUGAGGAUUUUUACGAAUAUGCUUGUGGGGGAUAUACAGCGCCGCUAACAUGGACAGCCCCUAGAGUUCGUGAAGUACCCGAUGCUUUGAGACAUUCCUUUACGUCUUUAAUUAUAGAGAAAUUAUCAUCAGCAAUUCGAAGUCACGAUACGCCCGGUAUGAAGGUAGCAAAAAAAGCAUAUCAAUCCUGUGUCACGGCACCAGACCGGAACCUGCAACAACACUUUGAAGAACUGGUCGACAGCUUUGAAGGGGAUCCAGAAAAUCCCAACGAAGGACACAGACAUUCACUCACCAGGCUUUUGGCCCAUGCUGUAAAAUUCUACGGAGUAUCGCCAUUGUUCAAAGUCAUACGGUUGGAAAAUGACAAAUUAGCUAUCAUAAACCGUUAUUCAGACCAAAGAAUUACUGAACUCUCUAAAGCUGGUCACAAGGUUUCAUCCUUUCGACAUUUAUCUGUAAGGGAAUUUUACUAUUUGACGCCAAGUGAUAAGAAAGUUGUUGCCUACAGAAACUACGUCAGAAAUAUUCUAAAACACGUCUUCGGUAAUGGCACCAGUAGUUUUUCCGUUGCAUAUCUUAAACUGACACUGAAUGAAGUUCUAGACUUUGAAAUGAGACUUAAUCAGGCGAUGUUUGCACCUUCAGCAGUUAGUUCACUCAACAUCAUGCUCAAUUGUACACAACGAUACACAAUAGGUGAACUAGAAAGAUCAUCCUCUGGCUACAAGAUCGACUGGAGAUUGUUUUUUAGCAUUCUUCUGAACAGAAAUGUGACAGAAAAUUUUGCAAUUUGCUUUUCAGAUAUUUCAUAUGACGUAACAGAUAUACUUUAUGACACUCAAAUUAACGUGAUAAAAAAUUUCAUCAAACUCCACAUCAUACUGAAUUCGGAUAUAGCAUUCGCCAACCAUAUACUGGUCAAUCCGUUCAUAGACAAUGAUAUAAAUUCGUUGAAAUUUUCUACAAAGGAAAUCAAAUGUUUCAAAUGUAUAGAAAAUAUUUUACCUGUAAGUUCUAUAUUCAAAUCAACGGAUGAAAUACUUUUCAUGAGAAAUUCUUCAUUUGUGUUUGGUGAGUUGAAGAAGUCCCUGAUUAAAAUCAUUGACAACAUGUACUGGAUUCCAUUCAAACAGAGGAAGGCAUUUAUCUCACACGCCAACGAAGCCGCUAUCUUAUUUACAACAGACCGGAAGUAUAAAAUCUAUGACAGUUCCGCAUAUUUUUCAUUUUUAAAUAAAUCAGACUUUUAUCCAAUAGUCUUUAGAGCCAUCAGACAGAAAUAUUCAUAUGAGAUGGACGGAUAUAUUAUUGCGCCAUUAUUUACAAGUACGAUUUCCUAUUAUGAUGAUUUGAGGCAGACUAUAGUGUUAUCACCAAUGGCGAACAAGGAACCAAUAUUUUAUCACUUCGCAUCAAACGCACUCCUUUUUGGCUCAACUGGUGCAUUCAUCGCACAAAUACUAGCCAGGGUAUUUGAUAUUGAUGUUAUUCUUUCCUAUUAUUUGAAUGGCAUUAUAGAGCAGGAGGUUGUAUUCACAUUUGCUCAUCAUUUUCAAUGUCUCGUUGAGACUUUUACAAAAUAUACAAUAACGGACCUCGGUGGAAAAGUACAUCAGGCAAAUGGUGCUUUGACGAAAGGGGAAAAUUUUAGGGACACGUUAGCCUUAAGAGUUACAUAUAAUUCCUUCAAAUCCAAUAUCAGUUGGAAAGACAAAUACAUGCUCCCUGCAUUACAACUCACGGAGAACCAAUUAUUUUUUGUGGCUUACACACAGACUCUGUGUGAAAGAGUAAAUCCAAGAGGUGUUGAGAUGUUUUACAUUAACAACAAACGAACAAUUACUCUUCCGAGACAUUUACGGAUAAAGGGAGUUUUAUCAAAUUUUGACCACUUUUCAAAAGACUUCAACUGUCCAGUAGGCUCAGCUAUGAAUCCUGUAGAUAAAUGUGUUCUCUUUUAGAAGGAAAUUAUUCAUAUAAAGUGUAUUUUAAUAUGUGGUUCUGUUUAUACUGAUAGACCAACUAUGUGCAUUAUUGCUCUGGUUAAUCCUGAUGAAAUAAAGUUGCGUAAUUUUAUUUUACGGCUAGAAUAAAUAUUUCGAUUCAUCCUCUCAUAUUUUAUUUAAAAGAAAAUGAUAUCUUUUUUAAGAUACUCAGUAUUGCCUUAUAGGUGUAAAAAAAAAAAAAAAUAUUUAUAGCUAAUGUCCCCUUUAGUGCUGUAUAGAUCGAUGACUUAUUCUACAAGAUAUGCUCUAUUAAGGUUCAUUUGAGGCAAUAAAUGUUUUGUAUAUGAUGUUAACAAUAAAGGGUCACAUGAACAUUUAAAAAAUUUGCAAAACAGACUGCUGAUUUAUAGUGAUUGAGAAUGUAACAAAAAGGUUUGAUUGUGUC